UGAGACAGUGGCUGCCGGGCUAACCGUCAUGACUAAUCGUGGUAAAAUGCGAAUAAAUGAACACUGUGAAGAAGUGACCAGAUGCUUAGUUGGAUUACGGGGGUUGAAGGAUAUUUGAAUUCAUAAACAAUGAAGCCUGUUGCCUUCUGGAUCAGUGAUAAGUGUUCACGCCUGAUUCAUUGCGAGGUUUAUAAUGAACAUCAUUGACGGAUAUGCGCCUGCGUUCAGAGCUAUAUGCUACGCCUAUACAUGUGCUCUUCACGUCGUGUUAACCCGCCAGCACAGGUUGUCGAAUUUGCGCUCGCCUCACACCAGACAUCAUCGGCUAGCACUCCCAGGUGACGUGGAGCCUGAAGUCAGCUUACAGUCAGCCACAUGCACAUGGUUAUAGGGUUAAUGCUAACACACUGGCUGAUUUGAAUCGGUGAUAAAAGACCGGGUGAAAUCGCCGUCGUCGUCGGUGGACAUGAGGGUUAACGUACCGGCCCUGCUUCUCGGUUAAUUGUAUCAAGCCUGUCAGAAUCGGGAUUCCAGAACACUGACUUGUUGGGCGGUUUGAUUCAUUCAACGGGAAGGGGGAUUCCGCCAUUCAGCGGUCGGCGGCCAGCUUUCCAGCAUGGUUUAACUGAGCUUUUGUGAAGCGUUUCGUGGCUACCUGCCAACAGUCGAAGAAGAAUUAGAACAGACAUCCGUUAGUGAGGCGUUAGAACUGCCAGAUAUACUAUACGGCAGUUUAUGUAAGCCUAACGAGACUUAUUCUGUCCGCCAAGGCCAUUUCCACUACGUCAAGAAAAGUCUGAUGCAGACAACCAGUCAACAGAGUGACGGUUUGGACAAGAUUACAGAAAAGUACGAGUCUGUGAUAAAACUGCGCAGCAGCGUGGCCAGGGAUAAACUGGGCGAGAACGGACCCAUUGUGAGAGAUAGUCUGGAGAGAAACAAUCCAGUUACAACAACAACACAUCCUGAUCCCGCACAUGUUUUUCCUCUUAAAGACAGUUCCGUUGUGAAUAAUAGCUCUGAAUGGAGCACGAUGUCUGGCGGAUCGUCUGAUGUGUCGGAACCGUCCCAGUGCAGCACCAACAGCAGUGCCGCACACUCUCUCACUGAACAAGAUUUCAUGCAGGUAGAAAUGUUUUUUAGGAGCCACAAAACGGAGGUUCAUGUUUGUCGCUGUUUGGCGAAUUUGUACUUUGCCAAUGGCAUCGAAAAGAAGACUGGUAAACAGAACUGGGAGUUUUCUGCCACGGGAAUUCCAUUGUUAGUGCUGGAUACCGGGGAACACCAUCGCAAGAGAAGUCUCCAAUUCGUCAUGGCAGAAAAAGGUACCGGUUUUGUGUUGUUUAAAGAUGUUAUAGAUCACCUGACGAAGUACUCAGCACCGCAUUCCAACUUUCACACGAUGCAGUUGUCCACGGAUCACACUAAACAAGCUGGACUGAGCUUUGACGACACAGCGGCAGCGGCGGAAUUCCACAAUUACCUGCUGUCGCUGAUCAGCAAUCCUGACGAUGACUUGUUGAAACUUAGCAAAAAGAAGAAAAAGAAAGAUGCAAGCAAACCUAAGGUGAAAAAAUACAAACCCCCUCAAAAGGCUGAGAUUUCUCAACCAUGUUGUUUUGUGCAUGUGACUAAGCUAGAACGGCCUCCAAUGAGUGUAACAGACGAUUUGGCCGAAGGAAUGGACAAAAGCAGCGUAAGCAGUGCAGAUACACUCGAUGAAUUGUCCUGAGUCUUUCAUUCAAUAUUAUAUACUUGUCUGUGGCAAUAGGGUAUAGGCUGGUGUAAAAAUAAACUUUACACAUAAGCCUAAAUGAGGUUGUUGGUUUAAUUGUACCAAUGUGUAAAAGUAUGCAUUUAGCAUGGAACAGUGAAAGAACUAUUUGUGCGCAGUCUCAAUUCUACUGCGGAAAAAAACAUUGGCCGUAUAGUUCUAUUUAGGGCUUAACUUGAACUGCUCAUUUGAAAGCAAAAAGACAGUGUACAUGUACUUGUAUGGAGAGCUUUCUGUAAUAUAUGUAUAUUAAAGAGAAUGAUUACGAUUCAAACUUUGUGUGAGAAAAGUUAGCAUGGAAGAUAACAUUUAAUCGAUCUGUUAUCGCUGACUGGCCGAAAGUCUUCAGUAGACCUCAGAAAUUAACAACACCCACCUUUACUUUAUCGAUUACAAAAAAGUUUGGCCAAAAAAUCAUCAUGCUUGUCAUGGUGUAUCAUGCCAAUCUCAUACACUGACAGGCAAGUGUUGAAAAGACUGCCCUCCUGUUGGAACAUGCGCAUCCUUAAUAAAGCGAUAUUCAUGCACACCUUG